CACAUCCUCGCUGAUUAUGACUGCAAACCUGGCACCCUGGUUCUCAUUCACAAUACUCGGAUAGAGAAGGAACUUGACCAAAAAUCCAAACCCCAAUUUCUUGGUCCCUUGGUUGUUGUCACAUGGACUGCUAGGGGCAGUUAUGUGAUUGCUGAUUUGGAUGGUGCCAUUCUCAAAGCCCAGAUUGCCCAGUUCUGA